CGCUUCUCCCGGACAAUGGUCUUUGCCAUCGAGGAGAUAAACAACAGCACCGAUCUGCUGCCCGGCAUCAAACUCGGGUAUCGGAUCUAUGAUUCCUGCGUGUCGGUUCCUGUUUCGGUGCACGUGGCAUUUGAACUAACAAACGGUGAGGACCCCGUGUUCUACGAAGGCAUGAACUGCUCCCGGUCCGGUGUGGUGAUGGCUGCUGUCGGAGACGCGGGAUCCUCUAACUCCAUCAGCGUCUCACGUGUUAUUGGAUCAUUCAACAUUCCUCUGGUGAGCCACUUCGCCACUUGUGCUUGCCUAUCAGAUAAGAAACAGUUCCCAACUUUUUUCAGAACCAUUCCCAGUGACCAUUACCAAGCUGAUGCACUGGCCAAGAUGGUGAAACACUUUGGUUGGACUUGGAUAGGAGCCGUCCACUCAAACUCAGACUAUGGAAAUAAUGGCAUGGCCUCUUUUCUGGAAGCUGCACUCAGAGAGGGGAUCUGUGUGGAGUACAUUGAAUCCUUCUUUAGAUCUGACCCACAGAUCAAGAUCAAAAGAGUUGCAGACGUUAUCCGUAGAUCAACAGCAAAGGUUGUUCUGGCAUUUACGGCUGUUGGCGAAAUGAAAGUCCUUCUGGAGGAGUUGGCAUUGGACCCUCCUCCACCUCGUCAGUGGAUCGCGAGCGAGGCCUGGAUAACUGACCCAAACCUAAUGAGCUUCAGUUUCUGUGCGGGGGCAGUCGGGGUAGCCAUUCAGAAAUCUGUCAUCCCAGGAUUGAGAAACUAUCUUCUGGAUCUCUCUCCGUCAAAAGUGGCUGCUUCUCCGGUGCUUACUGAGUUCUGGGAGGACGCGUUCAACUGCAGCCUGACAGAAACUGUUGACAAAGAAAAGAGAGUGUGUGAUGGAACUGAAGAUCUUAAAACAGUUAAAAACCCGUACACUGAAACAUCUCAGUUAAGAGUUUCUAACAUGGUGUACAAGGCUGUUUAUGCAAUAGCACAUGCUAUUCACAAUGCAGUCUGUGAGGAAACUAAUAAAACCACACACUGUGACAAACGCUACAAACUGGAGCCCAAACAGGUCUUGAAUGCAUUGAAGAAAGUUAACUUUUCAAGAAAUGGCUACCAUGUGUCAUUUGAUGCUAAUGGAGAUCCUGUGGCUGUUUAUGAACUGAUAAACUGGCAGAAAAGUGAGAGUGGAGUUAUUGAACUGGUAACAGUGGGAUAUUAUGAUGCAUCACUGCCAAGAGGCCAGGAGUUUCACAUCAACAGGAAGAUAACCUGGGUGGAAGGUGGCACACAAGUUCCAGUGUCUGUUUGCUCGGAGAGUUGUCGUCCAGGAACUCAUAAAGUGUUGCAAAAGGGAAAGCCCAUCUGUUGCUAUGACUGCAUACCAUGUCCUCCAGGAGAGGUUAGCAAUAUGACAGAUGCGGUUGAUUGUUUCCCAUGCUCCGAAGAGUUUUGGCCAAAUACAAGGAAUGAUUCCUGUUUCCCAAAAUCUGUGGAGUUUCUUUCCUUUGACGAAGGCCUUUCAAUCAUCCUGAUUGUUUUCUCUGUUGGUGGAGCCUUUCUGGCCAUCAUUACAGCAGUGAUU